AUGUUCUCUUGCAUGAACUACUUACAACAUUUUUGCAAUGAUGGUUUCCAAUUGGAAAGUGGAGGAUUCAACUUACAUGAUGACCUUUUGCCAUCACUUGGAGCAACAAUAAACCAUACAACCAAACUCAGGAAGCACAUUGUCUCCCCAUAUGAUCCUCGUUACAGACUAUGGGAGUUGUUCUUGAUAUUUCUGGUUCUCUACUCCGCCUGGAUCUGCCCAUUUGAGUUUGCAUUUCUACGAUACUUGCCAAGCAAAAUUUUUCUUGUGGAUAACAUUGUCGAUAGCUUUUUUGCAAUCGACAUUGUACUCACAUUCUUUGUUGCUUUCAUGGAUCACAAAUCCUGUCUUCUUGUUGAUGAUCCAAAGAGAAUAGCAGUCAGGUAUCUAUCUACUUGGUUCAUCUUUGAUGCAUGUUCAACAUAUCCCAUUCAAACAAUCAGCUUCUCCUACAAUAGACAUGGUAAUAGUCUCAGCUUCAAACUUCUGAGUAUGCUUAGACUGUGGCGUCUGCGUCGUGUCGGUUCUCUGUUUGCUAGGCUUGAGAAGGAUAUUCGGUUCAAUUAUUUCUGGACACGGUGCACAAAACUUUUCUCAGUAACUAUUUUUGCAGUUCAUUGUUCUGGAUGCUUUAACUAUAUGAUUGCCGACCGAUACCCUGACCCAAAAAGAACCUGGAUAGGAGCAGUGAUACCAAACUUCAGGGAAGAUGACCUGUGGCUCAGAUAUGUAACAGCAAUAUACUGGUCAAUUACAACCCUGACGACAACAGGCUAUGGUGACUUACAUGCUGAAAACACAAGAGAAAUGCUAUUUGAUAUAUGCUACAUGUUCUUCAAUCUGGGUUUGAUGGCUUACCUCAUUGGAAAUAUGACAAAUCUUGUUGUCCAAGGGACCAGUCGCACAAAAAAAUUUAGGGACACCAUCCAAAAUGCUUCCGAAUUUGCAUCAAGAAAUAAGUUGCCAAAAUACAUAGAGGAACAGAUGCUAUCUCACAUAUGCUUACGGUUCAAGACACAGGAACUCAAGCAGCAAGAGAUACUUGAUGAUCUCCCAAAGGCCAUUCGCUCAAGCAUAGCUGAGCACUUGUUCUUACCCAUUGUUCAAAACAUAUACCUUUUCCAAGGAGUCGCCUCUAAUACCCUUUUUCAAAUGGUGACAGAAAUGAAAGCCGAGUAUUUUCCACCAAAGGAAGAUGUGAUGCUACAGAAUGAAGCCCCAACAGAUUUAUAUGUAAUAGUAUCAGGAGCAGUGGAAAUGCGAACAUAUGCCGAUGGGAUUGAAAAGGUUCAUGGGAGUGUGACUGCUGGAGAGAUAGUUGGGGAGAUAGCGGUUCUUUGUCACAUGCCACAGCCAUUCACAGUAAGAACCACUGAACUAACACAAAUUCUCAGACUGAACAGGACUAUACUUUUCAACAUUAUUCACAAAAGCAAACAGGAUGCAACUAUUGUCAUGAGUAAUCUUCUCCAGAAGUUGCGUGUACAUGAAAGAUUAUACCCUGGGAUAAAGCAAAAUGAUUCAGAACUACUUCAACAAUGGCAAGAAAAAAUAGCUAUGAACAGGAAUGAGAACCAUGAUCAGGAUGAAAAUAGUUAUCGAGUUAGCAAUACACUAGAGGAGAUGGAUGCAGGAGACCUACUCUGCAAGGCAGAAAGUAAUAAGGAUAUUCGCAUGGAUAUUCAACCUUCAAUUAGUUGCUGCAAUACAAAAGUAGACCAUGCAGAUAAACGCACUGUGUUGCAUACGGCUGUAUGGGAAGGACACAAUGAAACUGCCAAGGUUCUGCUCAAACAAGGAUCAACUGUGGACAAAGUUGAUGGUAACAGGUGGACCCAAAAGGGUCUGGGUAAAUAUGAGAAUAAAGGCAAAUUAGAGCCCUUAUCCAGCAUUGGAAAUGACAUUAAGAACUACGGCAGCAGGGAAUGGAGAAAGACAACCGACCAUGGGAAUAACUUUAAGCACCAUAGCAGCAGGGAAUGGAGACCCAGGUUUCCUUAUCCAAAUAUUAGUGAAAUGUUGGUAGCUUCUUGUUCACAUGGUGGUCAUGAAUUUGACAACGAUGUCAAGAACCUAACUAGCAAAAGAGUGACAAUUCACAUGCAUUCUCAAAGGGCAAAUCCAGCAAGGCAGCUAACAGCUAAGAUGAUAAAUUUACCUGGCACGGUGGAGGAACUUCUCAGAAUUGGUGGUGAGAAGUUUGUCGGACAUCAUCCUGAAAAAGUGAUCAACCAAGAGAACGCAGAAAUUGAUGAUCUAAGCAAGGUUCAAGAUGGGGACCAUUUAUAUCUCCUAGAGAUUUGAUGAUAACAACAACAAGACUGCCAAAGAAGAUUGAACUAACAAAGAUUCAAAGGCUAAGGCCCUAGGCAUAGUUUCCACACACUUGAGCAUGUAGAUCUAAGCAACGUUUAUGACAAAAGCAAGAUUAUGUCAUAGUUGCUAACUGGAUUGUUCUUGCUCACAAUAACAAAUGGAUGGUUGGUGCUAGAUUGCAUGA